AAUUAUUCAUUCAGAUAUGAUUUUUGUAGAAGGGUAGGUAGGUAGGUACUCCUUCAAUUUAAGGGAUAUUUUGGAUAGAUACACAUUUUAAUUCGGAUACACAUAUUAAAUACAUAGAUUUUUUUUUGAAGUUUUCCUCGUUUUCCUCGGAUGAAAUAAAGUGAAAUGUGAUGGUGUAUACACACGGUCUCAGUAUAAAAACAAAAUUCAAUGCGUUUAGGAUAUACGGCUCCGGAGCUAAGUGUUUCUAGUGUUGUGUAUAUUCCAAAAGAUAACAUACAAAAUUAAAUGAAGAUAUAAAUUCAUAAAUUAACAUCAUACGAAAAUAAGAUUGAAACUAUUUAUAAAAUGUAAUUUCAGUUGUGAUGAUGAGUUUUUUUUAGUUGUUUUUCUAACAGAUACGAAAAAAGAAAAGAAAAUAACUUUGGUUACUUAUAGAAAAUACUGAAAAUAUCAACUUUUGUAAUGACAAUUGCGCAUGUACAGUUUUGAUAAAUAGAUAUGCGACGUUGAUUCGGUUGGUAUUUGAUGUUUUAAAUACUAAACUUUAACACAACAUUUAAUAUGUACUCAAAACGAACGUGAGAAAAUAUUAUUACCAUCCAAUGAUGAUGAUACACAAUUGAAAACCAAACAUAUUGUUACCGGGGUUUCUCUUCAGAAUAUAAAAUGGGAAAUAUUUGCAGCACAUCCCAAAAAAAUUGCAAGGAUGCGGAUUCAGAAAUGUCCGAGGGUGGUGGGUCUGAUGGAGAAUAUAAAUCCCCAACAAAAGAUCAAGACGAAGACAAAAUAUUACACGAGAAAACAGAUCCUGUUAAUACUCCUGAUUCAAAUAAUACCGUGAACCCAAAAAAUGAUACUAAUGAAUUUACACAUCACCCAAACUGCGACGAAAAUGAAAAAAUUAAUAAGACAAAUGUUAGUUGUGGGGCAAACACAAACUCCAUUUUCGGAAAGCCUCCCAAACAUAAUGCAAAAAUUGUUCUCUACAUAAUAAUGAGUAACAGGAAUGAGUAUGAGAAACAAUUUUGUAUAAUCAACCGAUUUCUACCCGAUCUUUUGACACAUGCCCGGGCAAAAGGAUUCGAAUUGACUGUAUCUUUCACGCACCAUGAAAUUUUAAGUAAACAUAAAAACGACCAUUCGUCAAAGAAUGAAAUCAAUGAAAAUCCCUUUCGUCAUCAUGAGGAGUUGGAAAAUCAUUUAAAUGAAAUCAAUAGGCACAAAAAUUCGUAUAUAGUUCCAGUUAUAUUUUUUGGAAAUUCUUUAGAAUAUCUCCAUUGUCCUACCAAAAUAGAACAAAAAGAUUUUAGUUUUUUACUUUCAAUAACUUCAAAGGAUCAAAGUGAUCUCUUACAACAAUUUUACAAAGCUGAUACACCGGGUCAAUCGUCUACGUCAUAUAGUUUAAAUUCGCAUUCGUCAUUAAAAAAAGAGGAGACUGAACAAAUUCUUGAAACAUUUAUAACACUCAUGCCAAUAAACUUAAAAACAACUUAUCUUGCAAGCACAGUUGAAAAGAUAAUAAAUGAUGUUGUCCUUAAAUCAAAAGACAUGAUCAAGCAUUGUGUAUGGAUUCAAGAUGAAAAUUCAUCAGAAUCAUGUGCACCAGAUAGUGCAUUAAUUAAGUCAGAGGUAUCAACCAGGCACUCGAAUCUCAAUUGUCAGUUGAGAGACGAAAUUCCGGUUAAAAAUAUUAUACCACCUUUGUUGUCUUCCGACGAAGAUGAAGAAAUAUACGAUUUGCUGAAAGAUGUGUUGAAAUCAAACAUUGAUAGCGUUAUGCAUGAGCAUUUGGUAAAAUAUAACUCUCGGAAUACACAUGGUUUAUGUAAGCCAAUUGUAGAUGAGAUUGAAGCCGUGAGAAGACAUUCCAUUGCAAUUGGAGCAAACCUCGACAGCCCUUAUGAUUUGGAAGGAAUUUUAAAGUAUAUUCGCAGCGAUUCAUUAUAUCCUUUAGCUGUUUUUUCGCCACCUGAAGAAGAAGAAGUUUUUGGUUCGCAAUUAGCAUUUAGCCUAGAAAAAUUGAUGGAAGAUUCUCAUUUGAUUUUGAGAUAUGCGCGUUUGACGGUUGUAUCUUCGGAAGUAACAUCUCUGUUAGCGUCGAUAGCAGAUCAAGUUUCAAUAAUAGUUGCUGGGAAACCAUGUCAUACACAACAUAGCAUUCUCAAUUACAAGCAAAAAAUAGAACAAUUACUUGAGAGCAGUGAUUUGAGUAUCAUUAUAAUUAUUGAAUCUUCUGAUAAAGUGUUUGGAGCAACAGAUUUUGAUUGGCUACCAAAAAUUUCAAAACCAAAUGCUAAAAUAAUUUUAUCAAUAUCAAGUAACGGAAAUCCCACAAAUAACGUAUAUGCAAAAGAACUCAUCAAUCGAGGUGUACCAAAAGAAAAUUUACUGCCACUCUUACGUGAUACAAGUACGAAUAAGGAGAAAAAUUUAAAAACUCAUCUUGAAUCCAACCGUUUCGAAGCUAAGUUGAAUUCAAAAUUAUUAUGUUUUGGUGUGAAAAUCGAUAGCAAUGAUAUAGAAAAAAUGACUGAAACUUUGUUAUGUACACUUGAAUCAAAAAUCGAUGUUGAAUUCUUAGAAAUACUACUGGUUAUUAUAGCUAUAUCACCAUACGGCUUAUAUGAGACUGAUUGCAUAAAUAUUUUUGAGGAACAAGCUAAAAUAGAAAAAGUGUGUUCUUUGACAAAUUGGUCAAGAUUUUGUUGGUUAAUGGGACCGAUGCUCACCCAUACCGAUAACAUAAAAUUAAUAAAUAAUGUACUUAAAUCUGCUGUUUUGAAGAGAUAUUCGAAAAACAUUCUCCAAAUCAAAACUACUAUCAAACGAUAUUACGAAAAUCAGCCGGACUCAUUUUUAGACACAGAAAAGAACACGACAAGUUUGAAUGGAGAGAAAUAUUCAAAAGUGCCACAGUAUGAUCUAUCAAUAUUAUCAGGAAGUGAGGAAAAUAUCAUUGAACAAUAUUUUACAAAGUAUUACUUUAAGGAUUUAUCAUGGAUAUCAAAUAAAAUUACCUCCUCUGGAUGUUUUCAAUACUUAUAUGACAUAAUCAUAGCCGAAGAAAAAUUCAAAAAGACCCUCGCUGAUAGCUUUCAGCAUAUUGCAUUAUUAAAACUAUUUUUGGCUCAAAAUAUGAUGCAGUUGAAUUAUGAUGGAAGUCAGUUUUAUACAUUUUUCAAAGUAUUUUUGAAGAACACAAUUGCGAAGGACGAAUCAUUGAAUUCUAAUGAUUAUAUUCAACACUGGAUUACCACAAUUGACCAAAUUAAAAUAACAUACCUUGAAAGCCUAACUAAUGAUAAGGAUAAUGAUAAUGAUAAUCAAGAAAACAUCCCCGAUGGAACUAGAUCUUACAAUGAAGUUGUGAUUCUGAAAAGGCCGGGCCAUUUUAUUGCUGCUAUUAGUACAAACUGUGAUGAGAUUUGUGUCUGGGAUGUGCAUAAUUUAAAAAAAAUUCGCGUACUGAAAUCUGUUCCCCAACCUAGUUUGCUGUGCUCAAUAAGAGAUCUUGAAGUGGCAGUGCUCUGCAAAAGAGAAAUAAAAGUUAUAGAUCUUGAAGAAGGAGAACACAAGGCUACCCUGAAAGGAGUCAUGAAUCAAAAGAUGCCAUAUUUUGGUCUGCACGAUGAAGAACAUUUAGUAUGCCUAUCUCGAAACAGAAUGUAUGUGAAUCUAAUGAAUCUCAAAACAGGAGAUUGUGCCACUUCUUUUAAGGCAGGAGAAGAUAGAUUUCUUAAUUCAUUGAUAGUAUCUGGAAAUGGAAGAAUCCUAGUUUGUGGAGAUGAAUCACAAAAGCCUUUCUCCCUAUUGGUUUGGCAUUUAUCACAGAGAAGACUAUUAUAUGACCUACGAAUACCUCAUCACGAUCUUUUCACCGCCCUUUCCGCCAUAACAUAUGAAGGAUUAUAUGUUAGCGUAGUAGCCAAAGAAAUAAAGGAGCCAGGACCUAAUUUCAUCGUCGUCUACGAUCUACAAAGUGGAACUUUAUUUCAAAAACUUAAGCCGGCUUGUAAUACGGUAGCAAUAGCAAUAUCGCAAGCAAAUGGUUGUGUAAUCGCAGGAUUAGAUAAUGCUGAUAUAUUGAUUUGGGAUCUUGUAACGGGAAACUGUCGAUAUACACUUACUGGGCACAGUGCUCCUGCAACACUUAUGAAGCUUGAUCCCUUAGGAAGAUGCCUACUUUCAGGAGAUAAGGAUGGACGCGAUUUAUCAGUUAGACUGUGGGAGCUAAGUACAGGUAAAUCUUUGGCAGUUUACUCCCCUCCAAACAAAAUAUCAUCAUGUGAAAUUCUUGACAAUGGACUUUAUACAAUCAUUGCAAUGGAAGACGCAUCCGAUAUCCUAAUACUCCAGCUGAAAAACUAUGACAAAUCAAAAACACAAUCAGAAAAUUGUACCCAAAAAAGUGUUGACUGUAAAAUACACAUAUUAAAAGAGAAUUAGUGUUCCAAGUAA